AUGGAGGGCGACAUUUGUGCUCGAGUCAAUAAGCUGUCAUCCAUUGAGUAUCAAAAGCAACUUGUUCAAGAACUGAAAUCUGUAAAAGACAGAGAAAGAUACAUCAAAGUGAUCGAAAUGUCAAAAGUAAUUCAAUCAAAAAUAGAGUGCUUACAAGAAGAAAAGCCGAGUCGCCCUUCAUUUAAGAAAAAUCCAACCUGUCACACCUAUCGUAUGAUUGAUAGAGCUACAUCACUACAGUUUCAAACAGACUCUGCAUACAACAGUAGAAGACCUAGUGUAGACACUGUAUUGGUCGAUUUAAUAAAAGAAAAGAGCCAAGUUGUAUACACUAUUAAGCAAAGACCUCUUCAGCGGAAAUCUAUCACUAUCUCACUGGAAGACGAUAGUAGUGAUGAAGAGGUACUUCCCACUUCUACUAUACAUGUGGCUGUAAGAAAAAAUGCUUCAUUGUUUAAAUUGGAAAAAGACAAUAAUACAAAGAACACCAUUAUACAACAAAAUAUCAUUACUCCGCCUGAUUCUCCUCAAGCAGAUACUUCUUUGAACUUACCUCCUAUCAUACAUGUCCAUAAGCGACCGCGCUCAAGUUUAAAAGGUCUUUUGAAAAGAACUUUUCAGCUAAACCAAUAUACAGUAACAAAGACAAAUUCUAUCCCGUUUUCAGCGUCUGGACUCUUGCUCAAGACAAUCAAUCCAUCAACUAAACAACCCAAGUUAUUGUUGAAGCUAGUCAUCGUGUUCUUGGACAGUCGCUCUCCCGAAGAACAAAGGCGGUUUGGAUUUACGUUCUGGUGGCAAAAAGUCCCGCUCCAACAGAACCAGCAAGACGAUGCAAAAUUUGCUCUCGCGCCAGAUUCUCUAGUGAAAGAAGCAUUAGACACUUGGAUCAAUACUCAGAAUCGAGAAUUGAUUCAUCAUGUACCUGAUUUAAAAAAAGCAGAUGAACUCCUGAGAGAUGGCAGAAAAAUUUAUUUAGUCUAUGAUACCCAUUUGUUUUCAGUGUAA